AUGCCUGCUGGCCUGGAAGUGCACACACUGUUCAGCAAUACCGACAGUGAAACGGAAGCUGACGCAUGGGCGCGGGCUGAGCGGUUGCCGGAGUGGAGUCCCGACCGCGAACGGAGUGCGGCGGCGGCUGCGGCGGCGAGACAAGUAUCCUGGUUCGGACAAAGUGCGAUUCCCUACAAGGUGUACACGGCAGCGGCUGCUGCGGCUGCGGCGGCGCACGAGGGCGUGCUGACGGAGAAGCGCAAACAGCGUCGCAUCCGCACCACGUUCACGUCGGCGCAGCUCAAGGAGCUCGAGAGGGCCUUCCAGGAGACGCACUACCCGGACAUCUACACGCGCGAGGAGAUCGCCAUGAAGACGGACCUCACCGAGGCCAGAGUACAGGUGUGGUUCCAGAACCGGAGAGCCAAGUUCCGCAAGCAGGAGAGGCUCAACCAGCAGAAGCAGUCGGCGUCCUCCUCGUCGUCGGGCUCGGACGCCGGCAUCACCACUUCGCCCAUAAGCACCACGGCCGACUCGACGACGCACACUUCGAGCGCCAAGGACUCGAAGGACGUCAAGGUCAUGCUCCACUCGCAGGACGUCAAGCACCUCAACGGCAAAAUUGUGGCCGCGGACAGCCCCUGCAGCCAGCAGCAGCCUCACAUGUCGCCGCCCAAGUGGAGCUCGAGCCCGUGCGGCCAGCCUUCGUGCCUUGGCCCGUACCCGUACGGCUCCGGGCUCACGGGCGUCGACACCAAGCCCAAUUUGUCGCCGCAGAUAUUCUGAAACGACUGCCCGUGACAGGAUCGCGACUGAGCGCGCCACCGCCGUCCCCGUCACGCCAGAGACUGCCGCAGUGGCCAUCCGACAGGCACGGAAGGAAUAGCGAGUACAUACCGCAAAGUGGGCUAGGCCUGGAGUGUCGCCGUUGCUUGCCCCCUCCUGCUGCAAAGAGGGGACGGAGGGGGCUUGCGGUCCUGGAGAGUCGCAAGCAGCCCCCCUCUUACCACAAAAUGGGGGUGCCAACGCCGUUCAGAACUCAACUAUACCAGCGGACUCGUCGGAACCAGUGCGCACCCCAAGCUUCGUUAACGAACAAACGAACCGCUUCGGCUGACACACAGCCUCGUCGAUGGAGCUCCGCUUCAGCGCAUUCGAUCGGAGCGUGUGCGUGACAGAGUGCGUGUGCGUGUGUGUGUGUGUGCGUGUGCGUGUGCGACUUUGCGCCGGCGACCAUGUGCUUUGUCCAUCCAGCGAGAAACAAACCGGAACUGUGUUUUGGCAGAAAGGCGCGGUUCGGUUGUUUUGUGAUCUUUGGCGUUCCGUUCAUUUCACUUGGUUCCAUUCCCAACGUCGUUUGUUCCAAACGCAACUUUCAGUGUCAUUGUGUACAGAGUGUCAACAAAGAGACAAAAACUGAAACGCACGAAGCAAGCACGAUCAUGGUAAAUGUGGGUGUUCAGAACGCUGCGUCUUAAGCUUCAGUAUCUCGUGCUCUUCCGGCCGUAAAUAACAACUGCAAGAGGUAGUAUUCGUGUUCACACAUCGGAAAUAUUAUUUCUUAUCGAGAAAACGCGAUCUAUUAUAUUUUAUGCUCAUGGCCUUACAUACAGCGGAGAUUCCACGUGAGAUAUUCCUAGUCAUGUUCUGCUUUAAGUAUCUCACUCCUGAGAAGUUUUCACUAAGACUUAUGAGGCCUGUUUCACAAAAUAGUAAUACUAAUAACGACUGACUUAGCCAUAGAAUCCGGCUUGAAAUUAGAAGUUCGGAUAAUUUAUUUCGACGUGACUUAAACACAAGGCGAACAAAUUGGCGUUUUGACAACACGAUUUAGAAAAAAAAACAAUGGAUUCGGUAUGCUUCAAUCACUGGAACUAUCAAGAAAAAAAGAACUUGCAACCUCUGUGGAAAAAACAACAGCAUCAGCAUAAAGCACGGGGUUACCAGUGACAACGUAAGCAAUGAUGACGCAUGACGUCCCUGGUGAAUAAGUAAACCCUUCACUACAAAAAUUCUGUUCUACAAUUACGAAAACAAAAAGGGAAAAGUGGUGUGUAAGAAACACUACAGUCGUCCUGCGUCAUCUUUUGACAACGUGAUUUCAAAAGCGGGAUUUUGUUAAAGAAAUCAGUGUGGAAGUGAAAAUUAUUCCCGUAGCAAAGGUUCAGCGUAUGCGAA